AUGUCAGCCAAGGCCAUUUCAGAAGCCAGAGGAAAGGAAUUGUUAAAUCGCCAUUUGAAGGAUGAAGCCAUAAAGAACAGAGUAGCCACAGUUACUGAAAAUCCAAACUGGGAUGGACUUCUACAAAACCAUCCGUGGUUGCUAACCGAGAAACUUGUGGCAAAACCUGACCAACUAAUUAAACGACGAGGCAAAUUGGGGUUGAUCAAGGCUGGAGUGGACUUUGAGGGUGCUAAAAAAUGGCUCACCGAAAUGAUUGGGAAGGAAAUUCAGGUUUUUUCACCUCCCUUUUUCUCUCUCUCUUCUUUCCUUUCCCAUUCUCUCUCUCUCUCUUCCUUUCACCUCCCUUUUCUCUCUCUCUCUCUUCCUUUCACCUCCCUUUUCUCUCUCUCUUCUUCCUUUCACCUCCCUUUUCUCUCUCUCUCUUCCUUUCACCUCCCUUUUCUCUCUCUCUCUCUCUUUCUUCCUUUCCUCUCUCUUUUUCUCUCUUUCUUCCUUUCACCUCCCUUUUCUCUCUUUCUUCCUUUUUGUACCUCCUUUUCUCUCUCUUUUUCCUUUCACCUCCCUUUUCUCUCUUUUUUAAAUUUUCCUCCAAUUCUCUCUCUUAUUUUUCCUUUUAUCUCCCUUUUUCUCUCUUCCUUUUUCUUUUUCUUAAUCUCUUUCUUCCCUUUUCUCUCUUUCAAACCUCCUUUUCUCUCUCUUUCUUUCCACCCUCCUUUUCUCUCUCUUCCUUUCACCUCCCUUUUCUCUCUCUUCCUUUCACCUCCCUUUUCUCUCUCUUCAUUUUUUCUCUCUCUCUUUCUUCACCUCCCUUUUCUCUCUCUCUCUCUCUUUAAUCCCUUUUCUUCUCUCUCUCUUUUCUCCUUUCUUUUCUCUCUCUCUCUCUCCCUUUUUUCUCUCUUUUUUUACCUCCUUUUCUCUCUCUCUCUUCACCUCCCUUUUCUCUCUCUUUCUCUUCUCCUCCCUUUUCUCUCUUCUCUUCUUCACCUCCCUUUUCUCUCUCUCUCUCUUCAUUUUAUCUCUCUCUCUCUCUUCACCUCCCUUUUAAAUUUCUCUCCUCUCUUUCAAAAAUUUUCUCUCUCUCUCUAG